AAAACACAAUUUAAUACACAUUAAUCUCAUAUUUAUAUAUUUUGGAAGAGAAAGAAGUCAUUUAUUACCAAUCAUCACUGAGAGACCUACAUUUUUAUUUUUUAAUAUACCAACACAAGCAUGCAACUACGAUCAACAUGUCUUCACUGCUUCUUAAUAUAUCUCAUAUCUUCUGUAAAUUAAGCUUUAUAUCUCUGUUCUUGAUUUGAACUCGCAAGCUCGAUGUUGUAUAGAAGGACCCACAGAAUAAAUAAAUUGGAACAGAACAUGUAAUGGUAGUUUUUUAAUGGCAGCUGAGCUUAGAUAUCUUCUUCUGUCAUUCUGUAUCUCUAUGAGUUAGAUCCAUGGCCGAAGCUUGCUAGCUUGGAAAUGGGUCUGUCACAUUUUAUCUUCAGAACAAAACCCAGUUAUCAAAAGAUUAGCAUUUGUGUUUUCUGGCGAUAUCUGCCAUGAAAAGGCUUCUGGAGAAAAGGGAGAUUCACUAAGAGUUUGGAGGGAACAGAUUCAAACGAUUACCAGAACAAACUCAAAUCUGAGGGAGAAAGGUGAGGAAAAGAAAGUUAGAACCUGGCUUUUCAUUUGUAAUUGUUGGCUCAAAUUUUAAAUUCCAGUACCUUUCACCUUUUAGAGAUUACUUUAGGCUGCAAAGAGAUGAAAGGAAGCCAAUGAGAGAAAUCAUUUUCAAAUUGCAAGCUAAAUUGUAGCUUCUUCCCAGUUUGAAUUUUUCUCCAAGUCAUCAAGCUUUUACAGUUUGGGCAUUUUCAUCAGCUUCAUACCCUUAAAAUUCCCAGUUUUCUGUUGAAUUAGUAUUAGCAAGUUUCAUUGACAUCUCUUAGAAACUUGAAGUGCAUUGUAGUUUCUGAGCAUUUUGCAGAUCUUUGUUCAAACAGACACAGGUCCAAACACUUUUAAAUGGACAAUUACUCGAUUCCCAAUAAGAGUUAUGAUCUGCGUUAUCUUCCAUCUCCCUCCACGGAUCAGAAUGACCAAUCUACAACAGGGACACCUGUGUACUCUACCAUGAGUGAUGAUACUUUCACCUUCUGCCGGACCAACUCUGAAAUCUCAACCCUAUCAGACCGCUAUGAUGAGAACAACUUAUCUGAAACAAGCUCGCCUUCGCGCUGGCCAAGUUCAAAAUCUCUGAGCCGUAAUCUGGCUGUCCUCUCCAGAUCAUCAAUGAACAAACACUCUGGAGUGGAAGAUGAUGAUGAUGAUGAUGAUGAUCAAGAAGUUACAGAUGCAGAUAUGGAACUGAUGAAGGAAAAAUUUUCGAAGCUUUUGCUGGGGGAGGACAUGUCUGGAAGUGGGAAGGGUGUCUGCACAGCAGUUGCAGUCUCAAAUGCCAUGACAAACCUCUAUGCUACUGUUUUUGGUCAGAACCUGAGAUUAGAACCACUGCCUCCUGAGAAGAAGUCCAUGUGGAGAAGAGAGAUGAACUGUCUUUUAUCCAUAUGUGAUUUCAUAGUUGAAUUCGUACCUUCCACUGAAAUCUAUCCAAAUGGGGAGGCUGAGGAGUUGACGAUUAGCAGACCCAGAACUGAUAUUUGUAUGAACCUCCCAGCUCUGCAAAAACUGGACACAAUGCUCAUGGAAAUCUUGGAUAGUUUCGAAGAUCAGGAGUUCAAGUAUGUAGAGCAGGGAAAGCUCUCUGCAAAUGAAAUUAAUUCUGCAUCAUUCAGGCGGAUUAUUCAUCGGCAAGAGGACAAAUGGUGGUUGCCAGUACCAUGUAUACCUUCACGAGGCCUCUCUGAUGAAUCCAGGAAGCAAUUGCAACACAAACGUGACAGCACAUUUCAAAUUCACAAGGCAGCCAAGGCUAUCAACAAUACCAUUCUUGCUGACAUGCAAGUCCCAGACACAUACUUGGAAACCCUUCCAAAGAGUGGAAGGACCAGUGUUGGAGAUGAAAUUUACAGAUACAUGAACACCACAGAUAAAUUCUCCCCCGACUAUCUUCUUGAUUGCCUGAAUAUCUCUUCAGAACAUGAAGCUCUUGAGAUUGCAGACCGGGUGGAAGCUUCAACGUACACAUGGAGACGCAAAGUAUGCAUGAGCUACUCAAAACCCUACUUAGAAAUGUUCAAAGAUAUAAAGGCUGAUGGGGAUAAGAACUACACACUUGCUACUAGAGCAGAGAGUCUGUUGUUAUGCUUAAAGCAGAGGUUCCCAGUACUAUCACAGACAACCUUGGACACAAGUAAACUCCAAUACAAUAGGGAUGUUGGGCAAGCAAUCUUAGAGAGCUAUUCAAGAGUAUUGGAAGGUCUAGCAUUCAAUAUAGUAACUUGGAUAGAGGACGUGCUAUCUGCAGACAGGUUAAUGAAAAACCAAGAUCAGAGGAAACAAUGAAGGAGUU